CAUCAUCAUCAUCAUCAUCAUCGUGUAUGAGGUCCUAUAUUUACAACCUGGAUGUGUGGAGCGAACGAUGGCGACCUAUCGAGUUCAUCACCAUACAACGACACUACCCCACUCGACCUAACUCUACCAAUUUUCGUGCACCUCUCGUUGUGCGAAACGACAAGGUACUGCAAACAAGAUCAUUUAUCAAUCGAUUGGAACAAUCUGGUGGGCCUUACCGACGAAGGAUGCAAACAUUCCAAGCUAUAGCUAUGAAGUACAUUGGUCCUAUUCCUCUCAGUGGUGUGGUUACUUUUGGAUUUCGAUACUUUGAACAUCUUUUGGAAACAAUGUCCUUGACUGCUCAAGAGGUAUGGUAUUAUCAACAUGAAUGCCAUGUACCAAUUCCAAAUCUGGCACUUGCAUAUGAGAGUGACUCAACAUCAUCGACCAACAAAAGAAGAAAAACAAAUCAGUCUCAACAACAACCACUACGAAGACACGAUGAAAAUCGACAUUCAACGCAGACAUCGACAUAUCAAGAAAAAAUCGGAUUACAACAGGAAAGGAAUGCACGACGUAGGGAUGAUCCAGAUCAACAAUCUCAACAACUUCAUUCGCAACGCUUACCCAACACUGAUUUAGGUGGACAUAUUUUUAUUGAUGUGUAUGGAUUAACGGAACUGAUGAUGAACAAGAAAUGGAUGGUAGUCUAGGAAAAUUUUAUGAUGGAAUCUAGUGAUAUCACUAUCACUGUUUUAUGUUUUUGGUUUUGGUUUUUUUUUUUUUUUUUUGUGGGG